UCAAACGUAUCGUUCCGUUUUCUUCGAUGCCCUCGGCAAUCCCAAACCCCACCUCCCACCGACGAUCCCCAAUUUCAGCCGCACGGUCGCCUGUCGCCGGUGUCGUAGACCACAUACUCCUUCUGAAUCCGAACGCACCGCCAGCGCGCGCCCAUGUCUCGCCCGGCUGUCCACCCGCGCGUCUCCUACCUCGGGGUCCGGCGAGCAGGGCCGGCAGCCAUGGAGAACUGCCACGAGAGCAUCCCGACUACAUAUGUGAGGCUAUGGGAGUCCUUUUUUCGUGUAAUGAUGAGAGGAAUAUGACAAGACAACCAAUUGUACCAUGUGAACACAAUCGCUGGGACAAGCUGGUCAAGACAGGAAAAUCUAAAAGAAUGCGACUAAAAUCAAUAUUUGAAGAUGUUCAAAAUCAAACAGGAUGACUACCUGAAGUACGAGCCUCAGAAAUCGUAAGAAGCAGAAGUUAUUGGUACUUGCUCGCACUCAUUACUGAUGUUGAUGCUCAGGCAUAACCUCACAAAGCUUUGGCACACACUCACUUAUAAUCAGGGCUCGCUUAAUUUUAUCUUUCUAAUUCUUUUGAGAAAUACCAUAUCAAUAUUAUUUGUGAUGACUUGUUAGUCAUAAUUUCCAGUCAUGUAAUAUCCCAUUAUAUUAUUAGUAUUAGGCGUUAGCCAGAUACUAAUCUUCGGUUGGUUGUGAAUGUAAACUUUGUGUUCUCCUUUGUUUUUAUCUGAUUAUGCUAUGAAAAGAAGAGUAUUUUUUUUU